AUGGCGGUCAAUUUGACUCCUCGGUUUAGAAGGUUAAACAGUCAAACGAGAAGUUUUCGUGUAAAUAGUCAGCAUGAUUUCUCCAGGCCUUUUGGAGCCACCCAGCUGUGGCACAACAUCAUCAAGGCCCUGCAGACCCAGGUGGAGGUGCGCCGCUGUAGGAGGCACCUCCGUGUUCACGCCGACUGUUUCACGGGCUCGGACGCUGUAGAUGCAGUUCUCAGUUAUUUGAUGCAGAACGUGGUGUUUUGCACAAGCGAAGUGUCCCGCCUCAAAGCCGCUCGACUCUGCCAGGCUCUGAUGGAAGCCAAGGUGUUCGAGCCGGUGGGCACGAAGCUGUUUCGCAAGGACAAGGAGGUCACAUUUGAGGAUAACAGCGGCAGCCUUUACCGCUUCCUGGAACGCGAAGGAAUGAAAGACAUGAACGUGGACAGCAUUGGCACAGAAAACAUGCGGCCCGAUAGUCUUCAGACUAAAAGAAAAAAAAGCUCCAGGACGAAUGAAAUAAGGACAAUCUCCAAUCCACUUGCUGUUGGAUCAUCAGACAGGAGGGUUGAACGGCUUCUGAGGACUAUCAACCUGCAAACAUCUUUUUUUCCUGCUCAGAGCACAGCGACCUCAGCCUCCAGCUUCCUGUCUAAAGCUGUGGUGAAUGAAGUUUGGAAGCAGCAGACUUUAUUGCAGCUGCUGCAGAUCAUAGAGUUACCAGUUUUGGACUGCGUACUCACCUCUCCUGAAAGAGUUCACCCUCAAUCCUGCAGAGGUUCUCUGGCCAACAUUGACUUGGUUAUCCCGAACACAUGCCUGGAAAGAGAGCUACCUGAUGCACUCAACCUACUCCAGUUAGAUGGAUGGCUGUCAGCAGCUGCAGACUGCUUGGAGCUGUUUCCAGACCAGUUGAUUAUGGUCGCAGGGGAGCAGCUCAGCCAACGGAAUGGCAGUGACAAUGCGGAGCAGAUGGCUACCCAGAAGAGGCUUCUCUUUGACACUAUUGGCAAAUACUACAGUGGACAGGAAAGGUCUCCACUUAUACCAGGACGCUACCUGGAUGUGCAUGUUGCAUGUCUGAAUUUACUGGAAAAAGGGAAAACGCAGGAUGUCAUUCGAGCAUCUCAGCUCUGUUUGCGGCUGCUGGAGACGAGUAUGAGAGAUGAAUUGCGGAGACUGCUGGCCUUCAUGGCCUCAGCAGCUCGGUCAGACACCUGCCGACUCCAAAAGCAGACUGAUAAUAGGACCUUGGUCUGUCGCACAUUUCAGAGAGCUCUCAUUCAGAAUCCUGAGCUCACUCGAUCACAGAGUGAAACGCUGGUACUCUUCCUCAUGGACAAUUACAUUGAGCUCUUCAAGACUCCUACAACUCUUGUUGAAGCUGUGAGAAAAACAUUGAGGACUCUGCAGCAGGGAAAAGACCCAGACUCUGUUGCUUCCUUCACCUUCUGCCAGCAGGUGACCCUACAGGAGUACGAAGAUCAGCGAGAUGCUGCCACCUUGGAGAGCCUCCGCCUGCUCCUUCGUGACAUUUCAUCCAACAAAAACAUGCCUGUCAAACAGAGGAGGAAGCUACUUAAAGAGUUUGAAAAACAUCACCCUGUCGUGUUCCUUCAGCAUUUUUCCAGCACAUUCUAGAACCGGUACUGGCUUUGCUAAAUUGUUUCAAAUUCAGUGAACA